GCGACGGCAACCCAUGUUCGGCUGUUCCCCAACUCCGCGUGCUCCAUCGGCGGCAGAUCGGACCAGCAAGGUGACCGGCGGCGGACUGACCAAGCAAGGGUGGGGAGGGCCAGCGGUCCCUGCCCGUGCUCAUGGCCACCCUACUGGUACCCGCUAUUCGUCCCGUGCUGCGCCCGGCGGCGGAUCGACCUAGCAAGGGGCAGUGUGCCGGCGGCGUCUCUGGGAAUGCGCGAUGCCAAGCCCCUCUGGCUUUAGCGGCGGGAUCAGGGCGUCACCCUGCGCCUCCCCGUGCUGUUUCAGCUUCUCGGCCGUCGAGAAGCAGCUCAACAAUCUGACCAACAAUGUUGCCGAGACCAUCUCCGACAACUUCAGCUUCUGUGUCGCCGACCCAUUAUCAAACCAGAUGAACCUGGAGGUAGCAGUGCAAGCUGCAGCAGCAUUCUUGAACAAAACUGUUGAGUCUGCUCAUGCCUAUCUAUUUGUUGGUCCCAUAUUCAAUGACUACAGCUCGGUUGGAUACUCACUACUCCUGAAGAACGAGAAGGCCAUCAUUUUCCAACCAAAGAGGGUUGUGAUCGGACAUGGCCCUCUCCAACUAGUUGCUGUUAAUAACUUAAAGAAUUUAUACAUUGUACCCAAACAGCUUGUAAGUUUGUGUGGAUGUCACUGUGUGUGAAGGUGUAAUAUUAGAGUAGCAGAAUAGAACAGCUCUGUAAUUGUCACUUGAUGUACUGAAUGAGUGAAGUUAUGGAAUAAGAAAAUGGAAAUGCAACAACUAUAUUUGCAAGCUAA